AUUGUACAAUUGGGGUGUGGCUGAAAAAGAAUGGGAGAUGAGUCGCUCAGGAAAGAGUUAGAAGAAAGGACGAGAGAGGUUGGCAGGUAUAAAAUACAUAUUUCAGAAAUCAAUAAAGAAAAUAAAGAACUAAAACGUGAAAAUGACAAUCUAAUCGGAAAAAAUCAUAAUCUAACGGCUCAAAUUAAGACACUAGAGAAACAAUGUGCACAUUGCAGAGGGUUAAUGGCAAAGCAGGUUGCACAACGUCCUGAUGCUGCCUACACUCCAUCACUUAUGCACGAGAUGAAAGAUAAAGCUGCAACUACUGAAGAAGCUAAUCGAGAGCUAAAAUUACAAGUUGAGCAACUAAAGAAGAAAUUGGAAGAAUCUGAGACUCGAGAGGCAUAUCUCAGUGAAAGGUUGGAUGGCCUUGAGUAUCAAUACAAUCAAGUCACAUCAGGCAAGGAUUCAAACAAGGAAAAGUUAUCAGCUGUUAAUGAAGAGCUACGCCUAUUGAAAAUUAGUCAUGAUGAACAAAAAGAAGACUACGAGAUACAAAUAUCAAAGCUUAAACGUGAUAUUAAAGAGCGUUAUGAUGAACAGAAGGAACGUGAAGAGAAAUGGAAGUCGAGAGAGUCAGACUUGUUACUUAGAAAUGCAGGCCUAGACGGAGACUAUCGCUCAGUUUAUAAUGAGCUACUGGAGUACAAGAAUAAAACCAGCAGCUCUGGAUCCAUCAAUAAGGAGGCAGCCACACAAUCUCGUCAGCGAAGAGCAGAGACAGGUGUUGAAAGAGUAAUAAGUGAGAAAGAAAGUGCCACAGCAAAAGCAGUGAAGUACACUAGCAAAGAUGAUGAAAACUCUGCUUCAUCAUCAGCAGAUUUACACGUUCCGGCUGGAUCUAAAUCUGAAAAUGUUCUUGCAAAAGAAUUUGGUAGAGUGUAUAGGGAGUUUAUGGAGUUGAAGAUUAAGUAUGACAAAGAAGUGAAGGCUAGAGAAGAGCUUGACAAGAAAGAUAAAGAAAAGAAGAAGAGUGGAGUGCACCGACUAGAAACUAUCCCUGGAUCAGAACCAAAUUCUUUUUCAUCGAACUGAUUGAUCAGAUUAGUUUUAUUAAAUUUAUUUUGUCAUUUCCAAAGACAAUUCAAAGUUUUUUAUUUGUAGUCAAAACCUA